AUGCAGCAGGUGAAAAAGGAAGAGAAUGCUCCCUUAACCAACACAUUUUCUAUUACAAUUGUCGGUUCAGGUGUCUCUACGGCUAUUCCCGUUAUUGGUCACUUCUCUGGUAAUUGUGCCUGUGCGGCGGCAUUAAAGGAUAUGAAUGGACCCAAUAGACGUAAUAAUGUUAGUUUACUCAUUACAGUCCCAUCACGUGAUGCCUCUCAUUCAGAUGGAGCUGUUAAGCAUAUACUCAUAGAUUGUGGAAAAACAUUUCGUGAUGCCUAUUUUCGUGUACUUGCUAAACAUAAGGUUCAAUAUGUAGAUGCUUUAUUGAUUACACAUGAUCACGCAGAUGCCGUGGCUGGAAUAGAUGACUUGCGUGAUUUACAGUACAUGACUGUAGAUGAAAAUGAUGAUUGGUUUGUUAAACAGUAUAUUUCAACCUAUACCUCUGCGAAAACAGUAAAUAAUAUGAAAGAGCAAUUUGGAUAUAUUUAUCGUAAUAGUCGUUUAGUGGGUCCUGCCCCAGAAUCUAAAGAAGCUCAUGAGGCACUUCUACAGCAUUUCACUGAAGAAUGUAAACAAAAAAAGAUUUCAAAUAAUAUUGGUAAACGUCGAUCUACUGCAUUAGAUUUCUUUACCCUUCCAGAUACUAUCCCAACACCUUUUUACAUUCCAGCACUUGGAUCAGACUUCCCAAUGUAUGCUGUGCCUGUGGAACAUGGAGCGGGUUACAUGUCGCUUGGAUUUGUUUUUGGUCGUGGUGUUGCCUUUCAUAGUGUGGGAGCCACACCUCUUGAUAUUAAAGAUAAAAGUUGUGUUGUUUAUCUUUCGGAUGUUAGUUUUAUACCAGAAGCGGCCAUGUCAUUUUUACAAGAUCUUGUGAAGAUUGAUGUGUUGAUUGUUGAUUUAUUGUAUGGACCUGGUAAGCGACACCCCACACAUUAUUGUAUGGAUGAUGUCAUUCGUCUUGUAGAGUUAUUACAACCCAUCCGCACAUAUGGUAUUGGUAUGUACUGUGAUGUGGAGCAUACAAAAGGGAAUGAAUAUUUGUGUGAAAGACUGGAGGAACUCCGGCGUAAUGGCAAGUGUAGUGAUCGUGUAAUCUCUGUUAUGUUGGGAUUCGACGCACUUGAUAUUCCACUACCGUUGUAG